AUGGCAGAAUCCCACCUGCAGUCACCCCUGAUUACAGCCUCGCAGUUUUUCGAGAUCUGGCUUCAUUUCGACGCCGAUGGAAGUGGUUACCUGGAAGGAAAGGAGCUUCAGAACCUGAUCCAGGAGCUCCAGCAGGCGCGAAAGAAGGCUGGAUUGGAAUUAUCACCUGAAAUGAAAACUUUCGUGGAUCAGUAUGGGCAGAGAGAUGAUGGAAAAAUAGGAAUUGUAGAGUUGGCCCAUGUGUUACCCACGGAAGAGAAUUUCCUGCUGCUAUUCCGGUGCCAGCAGCUGAAGUCCUGUGAGGAAUUCAUGAAGACAUGGAGAAAAUACGAUACUGAUCACAGUGGCUUCAUAGAAACUGAGGAGCUGAAGAACUUUCUAAAGGACCUGCUGGAGAAAGCAAACAAGACUGUUGAUGACAUGAAAUUAGAUGAGUAUACAGACCUAAUGCUGAAACUGUUUGAUUCAAAUAAUGAUGGGAAGCUGGAAUUAACCGAGAUGGCAAGGUUACUACCAGUGCAAGAGAAUUUCCUUCUUAAAUUUCAGGGAGUCAAAAUGUGUGGGAAAGAGUUCAAUAAGGCUUUUGAGUUAUAUGAUCAGGAUGGCAAUGGAUACAUAGAUGAAAAUGAACUGGAUGCUUUGCUAAAGGACCUGUGUGAGAAGAAUAAACAGGAACUGGAUAUUAAUAAUAUUCCAACAUACAAGAAGAACAUAAUGGCUUUGUCGGAUGGAGGGAAGCUCUACCGAACAGAUCUUGCCCUUAUCCUUUCUGCUGGGGACAACUAA